UAAUAAUUUGAUAUUGUUUGUUUUAGAUUGUACAAUCUAGAUUCUACCGAUCUAGAUUUUAGAUUGUUAUAAUUAUAAUCUGAAUGGUUAGAAACAUAGUAAAAUACCAACAGUCACUUAAUCGCGAUCUGAUAUUUUGCCAAAAAAAAAACUUUUUUUUUGCAGAAAAUGUCCUAAUUUGGAUUCCGAUAUUUUGCAAAACACCCCCUAUUUUGGAUCACCAUCCGAAUUUUUGCCAAAAGCCCCCUGGUUUGGAUCCCGACCUCUCUCCUCCCUCGUCGGCUCCUCCUCCCGCUCGUCCGCCGCCCCCGUCCUCUACACCUCCCGUCCCAGCUUGAAGCGCAAGGCCCAAGGCCUCAUCCUCCUCUCAAGCCCUAGCGCCAGCUCCCCACUCCACUCCUCUGUAUCCCGCAGCAAAGGAGUGGAGGCGCGCGAUUCGCCGCAUCCGAGCGCCACGGCGGCGACCGCGCGCCCUCCGGCCCCUCCCGCCGCCGCGCACGUAGCACGGCCGCGCCGGAUGCUCGGCCGCUUUCCGGUAUCCCUCCUCCGGUCUCGCGGGUUACUGCGGGUGAGCAGCCGCCGCCGCGGCCUGUCCGCCAUGGCCGGCGGCGGAGGAGUGGGUGAGGAGGGCCAGCUCGGAGACUUCUUCGAGUACAUGGAGCGGCUGCGCAACUACGAGCGCUCCGGCGUGCCGCGUGGCGCCGGGACCGACUCCGACGACGGCUUCGACCUCGGUCGCAUGCGCCGCCUCCUCCGCCGCCUCGGCGACCCCCACACCCACUUCCCGGCUGUUCAUAUCGCCGGCACCAAGGGGAAAGGUUCAACUGCUGCAUUCCUGUCCAAUAUCAUGAGGGAGCAAGGCUACAAUGUGGGUUGCUACUCGAGCCCACAUCUUCUAACAAUUCGUGAACGCAUUUCUGUUGGGAAUGGUGGAGGCCCUGUCUCAGUUGGACUGUUGAGUGAUCUGUUCGAUGCGGCUAAGGAAACUAUUGAUGAAUCCAUAGAAUCAGAAAAUGGGGCCCUGACACAUUUUGAGGUUUUUACUGCUCUCUCAUUUCUCCUAUUCUCAAGAAAAAAUGUUGACAUUGGCAUCAUUGAAGCAGGCCUUGGUGGAGCUAGAGACGCCACAAAUGUCAUACAAAGUACUGAAUUAGCAGCAUCUGUCAUAACAACAAUAGGGAAGGAACAUCUGGCUGCUUUGGGUGGCACCCUGCAAAGCAUAGCAGUAGCAAAGUCUGGAAUCAUUAAACAAGGACGACCAGUUGUGAUUGGUGGCCCUUUUUCGGCGGAUAUUGAGCAAAUUAUUCAGGAUAGAGCAUUCUUGACACAGUCCCCCGUCAUAUCUGCCUGUGAUCCUGGCAUCACAAGCAUCACAAAAUGUAUUGGUUGGGACAACGGAAAGCCUUAUCACAGCUGUGACAUCAACAUAAAGAUUUCAAAUGAUAUGCCAUUGUUCAUUGACUUGCAUGACGUAAGACUCCAGCUGCUGGGAGAUCAUCAGCGUCAGAACGCUGUUACAGCUUCUUGCACAGCUCUAUGCCUCCGAAAUCUAGGAUGGGAUAUUUCUGAGGCUUCAAUCCAAGCUGGCUUAGAGAAGACACAACUUCCUGGGAGAAGCCAGUUUCUUACACAAGAGGAGGCUUCAGUAUUUGGGCUGGAUGGAUCAUCCACCGUACUUAUUGAUGGAGCUCAUACGGAGGCAUCUGCAAAGGCCUUAUCAGAUGUGAUCAAAACUGUCAAACCAGAAGGGCCUUUAGCUCUUGUUAUUGGAAUGGCUAAUGACAAAGAGCAUCUUGCAUUUGCUGAACAGCUUCUCUCAGUUUUGUGCAGGUCCAAGGCCCGACGUGGUCCUACUGACGGAGGCGAGCAUUGCUGGAGGAAAUUCCCGUGCUAUGCCAGCUUCAUCCCUGAAAGAAGUUUGGAUGGCUGCUGCACAGGACCAGGGCAUCGAUUACGUGGAUAUAGGCACGGUCAACGGCAUCGAAACUCCAGAGCGCAUCAACAAUCUGGCCGGUUCAUCAUCGAGUUCCGGGAAACCCACGCUGAUCGGGUGCCAAGACGCGCCGCCGUUUUCGUGUGACCUGAUCAAGGCUGCCUCCCAGCUACUCGAGAGCAGAAGAAGCGCAGCAGACGGCGCAGCUCCCGGCCUGAUCUGUGUGACCGGCUCCUUGCAUAUGGUCGCAGGGGUACUGCAACAGCUCGCUCAGCAUUAGCACACGCUGCGAUUCAUUGCAUAUCAUACAUACUCUGGUAGGCAGUUGUGCUGGUCAGAUUCAGAUUGAAGCUGAAGCUGAACAGAGUGGUACCCUUUGGCUGCUGCUCCUGAUGGAGAGGAUUCGAGAUGGAUGAUGUUGCUGUGACGUGCAUUUUGGGCAGUCAACUCUCUGAGCCAGUUAGCAUGUGAUACGCUUCUGUUUUGUGUUGUGUUUGUCGGAAGGAAUCUUGUUGCAUGGCCUUUUUUCGGCCAGACACUGCAAGCAAAAUAUCUCAUAUUUUGAUAAGGUUUCUAUGGAUGCUUGGUUGGAAA